UAUCUAAAUUCUGUUGUAGUUGAAGGGACUACAGAGUUUUGAUGUUACAAUCAAUGAACAUCUCUUUGUGAUCAUCUUUGUUCCCAACAUCUACCUCAGUUUGGUGUAAUUGGUGUUAAUGAGCUAAAAUGACAUUUUCUGCGCCUUUCAUGUAAGCUGUGUCGUUUUAAGUGCACACUUCCAAAGACCCCAAGUGGAAGGAGGCGUGUCAUUGAUUGGUCAUGAUAAGCUCCACUGAUUAGCAUGUCUUCCUUUAAUCUACAGUUAGUGCUCCCCUGAGGGUGACCGCUAGUCAUAAACCAGCGAGCCCAUUUCAAUCACUGGUCCCAUGGGCUGACCUCUGACUCCUCUGACCUCACUCAACCUCACGAUGGGUCACACAGAGGAACAUGUUGCGUCAGCGGUGCAAAAAAAAGAAAGAAGGGGAAAUUAUCUUCUUCAUUGGGAAGAAGAUAAUUCUUUUUCCAAACAGAGUCAGAAUAAUAACAACAGAUCAGUGUAAAUUGUGUACUAUAGCUUUAAGGACUUUUUACCUUGUGACACCUGGUUGUAUCAAGGUGAUUAUAGUAUGUUUUUAUUGAAAAGAAGAAAUGAAAAGUAGUCACAGGUGAUUUCAGUUGAUUUCUAAGAUGAGUGUGAGAAACAACACGAGCAGAUGGGUUGACUGUGAGUGGUAACUGAGGAGAAAAAUAAGAGGAGUGACAGAGGAGGAGGAGGAAGAGAAGGAGGGGUGGGUAGCGACAGAGACACAGAGGCAGAAUCACUGAAGUAGCUCGGGGUAGCUGAGAUGCUGAGAUGUGCAGAACAAACACUGACAAGCUGAGACACGGAGAGUGAGAAGGAGGGAGCUUGCAGCACCUGAGACACAGCAACAGCAGCAGCAGCAGCAACAACAGCAGCAGCAGCUUAAUUAGCAUCAGGAGGAGAAUCGGUCACAGGCAGUCACGCCAGAAACCAUGUAGAUAAACUGCUGUCACUGAUUGUCGAGCUGCACGAGGAGGCUACAGCAGAGGAGGAGACCGUGGCUGCAGCCAGAGCUUGAAAUGAGGGGAUUGAGAAGCAUCACUGCCACCUGACUGAUACUGGGAGUCAGACUGAGCACCUGCAGCGUCAGACUGAGCUCUCCGGUUAUCAAGGAGACUGGGGCAGAGAGACGGAGGAGAGAGCUGCUGUGAUUAUGCGCGGGGCAGAGAGCUCCUGUGGAUUCCCUGUCUUUGGCAACGGCAGCAGCAGGAGCAGGAGCAGGAGCUGUGGCUGUGAAGACGGCAGCAGAGCUAGCUGGAGCUGCAGCAAAACAAGCAGCCCUGACUCCAAAGCAUUUUACUUUUCCACAAAUGAGUGUAGCGUUCACAGCCAAGUUAUAACAGGAACCAGCAGUCGAUGUAGCCACCGUGUUGAGCGUACCUGUAGCCACAGCAGUGACGGUGCCUGCAGCGCUGGUGCAAAGGUGCCCACAGCAGUGCAGUUAAGUGUAGUUGUAGCAGUAGUAGGGGGGGCAGUGGCUCAGGACACUGAAUGACCAGCGUGGCUGAUGAAGGCCACCUGGAUCCGCUUGCUGAAACGAUCCAAAGGAGGUCGUGUCAAGAGCUCCGAUGCCUGUGGUUCGGCCGACUCCUAUACCAGCCGUCCAUCAGACUCCGAUGUGUCCUUGGAGGAGGAUAAGGAGGCAGUGCGCAGAGAAGCAGAGCGUCAGGCUCAGGCACAGCUGGACAAAGCCAAGACCAAACCAGUUGCAUUUGCUGUCCGCACAAAUGUCAGCUACAGCCCGAAUCACGAUGACGACGUCCCCGUGCCGGGCAUGGCCAUCUCCUUUGACGCUAAAGACUUCCUCCAUGUCAAAGAGAAAUUUAACAACGACUGGUGGAUAGGACGUCUGGUGAAGGAAGGCUGUGAAAUCGGUUUCAUCCCCAGUCCAGUGAAGCUUGAAAACACUCGUAUCCUCCAGGAGCAGAGAGCCAAACAGGGCAAGUUCCACUCCAGAUUGGGAGCAAACUCAUCCUCUAGUUUAGGUGAAGUGGUUACUAACUCACGGAAAUCUACCCCUCCUUCGUCUGCCAUUGACAUAGACGCCACAGGCUUAGACCCUGAGGACAAUGAGCUUCCCGUCAACCUGCGCUCCCCUAAAGCCUGUCCAAACACUGUCAUGUCACCCCUAGCAAAAGAGAAAAGAAUGGCCUUCUUUAAGAAGACGGAACACAUUCCUCCGUAUGACGUUGUGCCUUCCAUGCGGCCCGUGGUUCUGGUUGGACCGUCACUGAAGGGCUACGAGGUGACCGACAUGAUGCAAAAAGCUCUCUUUGACUUUUUGAAACACAGAUUCGAGGGGAGAAUAUCAAUCACUCGCGUCACGGCCGACAUCUCCCUGGCCAAGCGCUCGGUCCUGAACAAUCCCAGCAAGCACGCCAUCAUCGAACGCUCGAACACACGCUCCAACUUGGCUGAAGUCCAGAGUGAGAUUGAGCGGAUCUUUGAACUGGCCCGCACGUUACAGCUGGUGGUUCUGGACGCCGACACCAUCAACCAGCCGUCACAGCUGGGGAAGACGUCCCUCGCCCCCAUCAUUGUCUACGUCAAAAUCACCUCCCCCAAGGUGCUGCAGCGUCUCAUCAAGUCCAGAGGCAAGUCUCAGGCCAAACACCUCAAUGUCCAGAUGGUGGCAGCUGACAAACUGGCUCAGUGCCCUCCUGAGAUGUUUGACAUCAUUCUUGAUGAGAACCAGCUGGAGGACGCGUGCGAGCACAUGGCUGAUUACCUGGAGGCCUACUGGAAAAGCACUCACCCCAGCAGCUGCAACCCGCCCAACACACUGCUGACAAAGCUGCCCACUGCCGCCCUGCCCACCAGCGCGGCCCUGGUCCCCGGUGUGCAGGGAAGCAGCGCCGAGCAGAGGGGGGAUAAAGCGUCGGCGGAGAGGAAAAGUUCAAGAGAAGACCACCAGCACCAUCAUCACCAUCACCACCACCAUCACCACCAGAGCCAGGACCAGGCCGAUGCUGAUGCCGAUGCUGAGGCUGAGGGGGAGGGCGAUGAGGAGGAGGAGGAGAGGCCCCUGAGGACAGAGUCAACCAGGAGAGCCCAGCACAUUCACCACCGUACAUCCUCUGCCAGGACUGAGCACCACAACCACCAUCACCACCACCACCACCACAGCAGUCGAGCACGGGGUCUCUCGCGACAGGAAACUCUGGACUCUGAGACCCCCGAGAGCCGGGAGAGCCGGGAGAGCAAGGACUCGGCUUAUAUUGAGCCACGCACUCAGCGCCUCCAUCAAGAAGAGGAGGAGGAGGAAGAGGAGGAGGAGGAGGAAGACGAUGAGGACGAGGAUGAGGAGCACCCCCAGCAGCAGCAGCAACAGCAGCAGCAGCGAUUUGAGCCCCUGCCCCACCGAGACCACAACCACCAUCACCACCACCACCAUCACCACCGCGGCGGCGCUGACGAGGCCGGCCACGGCACAGGACACCACCGCUCCAAAGAGCGCGAACAGGACCAUAACGAGCGCAACAAGCAGCGCUCACACCACCACCACCGGCCGGCUCGUGACCACCACCAUCACUGCUAUGACCGGGACAGGGACAGAGAGGGGGAGGUGGCUCCCAAAAAGAGGGGUGAUGCAGGGGAGUGGGUGAGAGACUCUUAUAUCCACCAGUGACAGACCAAAUCCCUCCCUGAAGUUCCAUUUUGGUUUUUUUGAAAGACCGUCCUGUUCUCCCAUCGUGCUGCUAUACCCUGAAACCACAGCAUCCUAUUUAUGUACACUUCCUUUGUAAAUGCUGUUCAAUCUUUUCUCAACGGCAGGAUUUUUUGAUUACAUAGAUACGAAUAUAAAUAUAUGUAUAUAUGUGUAUCUAUGCAUAGACGUGGUUUAUGUGUGGAUAUGCAUGAAUCUUCUUAAAUAUGCAUAUUUUAAACCUGUGUUGGAUAAAGCAUGACACAAAGAGCAGAAUUGGUUUUCUGUGCUGAGCUGUGCUUUCUGUGAUUAGCAUUUUCUUUUUUCAUUUUGAUAGUUUUUUUUUAAUUAAUAUUAUUGUUAUUAUUAUAAUUAUAAUUAUUUUAUUCUAUUUUUUUUUUGCUUUGCCACCACUUGAAUAUGUUCCUUCAGACGACUACUGCUAGGGUUGACUGCAAGAGUUUAAGUUGACUAACCAAGUUAGUCCGAUGCUGUAUUUGCAGAGGUCUUUUUCUUUUUAAAAGAAUGGCAAUUUGGGAAAUACACCAAAAAUAAUAAAUACAUCAAAAAUGAAUGCAGUCUUAACAGCUCUACCUUUCAGUUAUUAGCUUAACCUGUGCGCCAGAGGUUUGAAAUACUGGGAGGCUGCCGUUGGUUUAUUGUUUCACGUUGACGUGUGUUUAAUUUAGGGAUGCACGAUACUGGACUUUUGGGAUUGGAUUUAUGGGGAGUGCUUUGAUAUUUUCUCUCGUGUCGCAGCAGAUGUCGAUGUAAGUUUAUUUCAUUGAGCAAAAGUAAAUGAAUGUAGAAAAAACAAUAGCUAUAGAGGGCGCCAGCAUGGAAGUCAAGGAGGUAGAGGGCUAUGUUGUCGUCAUUGGUCAUAUCGGCAGAUCUUGUUGUGUUUACGAUAUCCGACUAUAUACAUUUUAAAGCAAAUAUCUGCCGAUACCGAGCCGGUAAUAUCGCGCAUCCCUAGUUUAAAUGAUUUUGUCCACGUCACAGGCUAAAUAACUGAAACGUGUCUCUGUGUAUGCAGCAGAAUCUCUCUCAAUCGUAUGACACUGUGUCACGUGUUUGCCUCGCGUGACGCUGCAUUCAUUUUAGCUGGGUGUACCUAAUAAACUGGCACAUUUUGAGUUUCACAGAGCUUCAUCUGAAAGCUAACGGACACAAACACACACACAGUGUCUGUGUUUGUUUCACUUUUAUUAACGGCUAUACCACGUGUCGCUUCAUAUUUAACAGACAGACCACAGAGCUGUUUUCAUCACCAGCAACAAAGCUUGUAAAAGUAUUUCCCAAAGUGUCAUACUACUCUGUAUAAGUUUAUAUUAUUUUUAUUUGCUUUGUUCCCCUUUUUUUGAAUCCUUCAUUCCCUAUUUAUGCCUCGUUGGAGGUGCACCUUAGUCAUGCCUUAUGAGACAAAUGAGUUCAACAAUAACUUCCUCAUAACUUCAGCAACUUCCUUACAUGCAGUACUGUUCUCUCUCUCUUUGUAUGGGUCCACAAACAUUUUUGAUAACAUUGAUACACCCUUUAUUCUGCACUUUUACGGAUUAACUUUGGUUUAAUACAGUUUAGCAAUUUGAUAUAAAAUCGCAACUAACCGUGACAAAACUGCAUGGAGGGUAUCUCCUGUUCUGGUCUGGCCCGUUUUUGUUUUUUUAAAUGAAUGUUGUGCGACUUUAUUUCCAACAUGAUAAUUCACAAAUUAGGAUUUACCUUCAGAUUUUUAAAAAGAUUAAAAUGAGACUGCAAACGUCAACUAGGAGAUUAUUUAAGUAUUUCUGCCAUGUUGUUACUCCCCUGACUAAAACGAAAAGUAAUGUAAAGUUUGACAUUUUAAUCAUGUAACAACUCAUGUGCUAAAGGUCCAGUGUGUAAGUAUUGUGCCGUGUUUCCAUCAAUGUACGGUGUGGCACGGUUCGGAACGGUAAAUCCCCGGGUCAGAUUUGCGUUUUGACUGAGAACUAUAGUUUACGUAGGUAGGCGGGGCGUACGUUGUGCCUGAUGGCCGGAACAUGGAAUGGUGAGGGACGGUUGGGAUUAUUCCUAAUGAAAACCCCAAAGAAUUUGUACGUACCAAACCGUUCCACUCGGUGGAGACGUGGUUUUUGGUGACCUCUCUUGGUGAGACUGUAGGUUGUAAUGAGCAGAGGACUCCUCAGCUCGAACCUCCUCUCCCAAGGGCGUCACUGAACUACAAUGUCAUUCUACUUGGUUUGUGGAGUAGGCUUCCAAUUUAAAAUCAGAAAUGACCGAAAGAACGAGAUCGCAAAAUACAAAGGAGGCUGAAAUUAGUUUUCCUCUGCACGGCGGCCAGGCUCAGCCUUAGAGAUAAGGUGAAGAGCUCGGACAUCCAGGACCGCUACUCCUUCAGUGUCGAGAGGAGUUUGUAGUCUGUUUUUGGGCACGUCCUUUCGGGAGGAGACCUCAGGGCUGACCCAGGACACGUUGGAGGGAUUAUAUCUCUCGGCUGGCCUCAGACCGCCUUUGGAUCCUCCCCUGAAGGGCUGGCGGACGUGGCUGUAGAGAGCCAUGUCUCCCGGACCUAGAUGAACAGAAGAGGAUGACGACGACACUCCUGUUUUGGCCGCUGUAGCAAAGUGGCGGCACAAAAUGGCUUCCUCCGUGAAGCGAGGCCCUUCCCUAAAGUACAUAGAAGAGGCUGAUUCUAAAGUGAUCACACACUCCUGCCAAUAAAACCCUCUACAUGUUACACACUGGACCUUUAAUUUCUUGAUAGUAAAACAUUUUUUAAAACUAACUUCAAACCCUCGGACGCCACCUGCUCCCUCUCUUUGAUUUUGCCUGACAGUUGUAAUUCUAAACACUCCCAUUUCUAUGCUACGUUGGUAGCACGACAGGAUUUUUAAACCAUGUACAUGUGUAUGUACAUAAUGCAUAAAUGUAAAAAAAAAGAAAAAAGAAUAAAGUUGGCAACAAAGGCCUGCUGAGGGGGGA